UGUGUUUGUGUGUAUUUGUGUGGGGAGGGAGUUUGUAGGGCGAGUCACCGGGAGCUCCAAGGCCGCUGGGGGACAGGGAUCCCGGUGACAAAGAUGGGGGUGUUUUCUCUGUCUUCCACCUGGAAACCCCAAAGGCCCCGUCAGGCCCCGUAGACACUUCCUGGGGCCCAACGGAAGGUCGUACCACUCCAAAACGUCCCUCUCCUUUCCUGGGGAGUGAAACCCAACCCCCGGUGUCCGUUCCCGCGGGGCGUCAGCGGGCGAUGCCCGGGUUCCGCGCCGGCGCAGCCUCCGGCCUCAGCCAGGAGAGACAUCUGCCCGUCGGGCUGGGCUGGGGCGAGGCAGCCGUGGCCUGGGCCGCGGGUGAGGGCAGAGGAACCGGUGGGAAGGCUCCGUUUUCACGAAGGACUCGGGUGAAGCUGCAGAGCUGCCUUUGAGCCCUGACUCCUUGGCUUCCUGGGUCGGAGGAGAUCUUGUAAUGGAGUGGUUCUUCGCCUCACACUAACAAGAUGCCUGAUUACCUCAGGAUCGAGGGAUUGAAGAAUGUCCCGGGUUCCUUUGGGGAAAGUCCUCCUGAGGAAUGUCAUCCGGCACACAGAUGCUCACAAUAAGAUUCAGGAGGAAUCAGAUAUGUGGAAAAUAAGAGAACUAGAGAAACAGAUGGAAGAUGCUUAUCAGGGGACCAAAAGGAAAAUGUUGCCCAGCAGUUCAAGCCGGAUGCGUAGUGAUGGCUUUGAUGAAGAAAGUCAAAGAGAUUAUUGGAAGCCAAAGAAUGAAAUUUCUGGGACACUGGAAGAUGAUUUUCUUAAGGCUAAAUCCUGGAACAAGAAGUUAUAUGAUUAUGAAGCUAACAUGCCAGACAGAUGGGGUCACAGUGGUUAUAAAGAGUUAUACCCUGAAGAAUUUGAAACAGACAGUAGUGAUCAUCAAGAUAUUACCAAUGGGAAAAAAGCAUCUCCCCAAGUAAAAUCAUCAACCCACGAAUCCCACAAACACAAGAAGUCAAAGAAAUCCCACAAAAAGAAGCAGAAAAAAAAGUCACACAAAAAACAGAAGAAAAGCAAAAAGGAAGCCACAGAUGUAACAGCAGAUUCAUCUAGUGAAUUCUCAGAAGAAGCUGGGGCUUCUAGUACCAAGAAGAGGAAGCAGCCACAUAAGCGCAAGAAGAAGUCCAGGAAAAAGUCUCUCAAAAAACCUGCUUUAGUUGAGGCAGAAAAUGACACUUCCCAGUCAGAUGACUCAGCAUCUAGUAGUUCUGAAGAAAGUGAGGAAAGAGACACUAAGAAAACCAAAAGGAAAAGGGGAGAUAAAGUCCACAUCCCUGUAGCUAACAAUGAAAUACAGCAGAGGACAAACAAACGCACAAAUUGGAAAGUGGCUACAGAUGAGAGAUCUGCUGAGAGCUCAGAGGAUGACUAAAUGGGAAAGAAAUACUCAUUUCCCAAGUGAGACUGGAUACUUGCAGCUCUUAACAUCUUGGGGUUUUGCCAGUGACUCAUUCAGUACAGGGGGGUCACAGCUGUUUUGUGCCAUCUAUAUGUGUUCUGACAGCCUCCUUUUUUAUUUUAGCCUGUUAAAACUUGAUCCCCUUUUCUUGAAAAUAGGGACGCUGGUAUUGUGUUACAAAGGUUUCUGGAAGAGAUUAUUUUUUUGCAAUUAAUCACAUAUAGUGUAUAGUACAUAUAUCCCAAACUAAAAGGCCCAGAAAGCUGAAUCCAAUAAUGACCUGUAUACACCAGUUAGAAUGUUGACUUUGGGGAAAUGCACGGCUGGGAACAAGAGGUGGAAUGGAACCAGUGGUGGGUAGUAUUUUGCUUUGUUUGUAUAGCAGGUUUCACAGCUGACCUGUUUUCACCCCAGGUGCUUUGAUCCUUGUAUAUUUUGACCCCACAGGUAUGGAUGGUCCAGUUUAUUUAAUGAGGACCUAACAACGUACCUUUUCCCUUCAUGGUAACAAUCAUAGACUGCAGUUUCUAGAAGGGACUAGGAUUUUUCUGUCAGCUGAACAGGAUUCAGGGCAGCAACUGCCACCUAAAUGUUGUCUUCCUUGUUCAUUUCUAAAUUUAUUACUGAACUUUAGAUUUUCCCUGAAACUAAGUUGAAUCAUUUCCAAAAUGAAACAGGCUUCUCAGGGACACUACCAUUUCCUCCCAGUCCGCCUUUAGAGUUAAAGCACUAGAGGCCACUUGAUUUCCAUUUGCUGUACUGUGACCCCUACUACGUUAUUCUUUAACCAAACUAUCCCUGAAAGAAGGCUGGCAGAACACAAGUAGAAUUGUUUCGUUAAAGGAGAAAUGAUCAAGUGACAUACACUGUCAUGUUUUUUUUUUUUUUUUCUGGUUGUCACUUAAUGGGCUAAGUAAAAAGCUUCUAAACUCACUCUUGGUCUUGGUUCUGCCACUAACUUGUUCUAAGUUCUAGAGCAGGUAAGUUAACCUACCUGGCCUCACUUUCCCUAUGAAAUACAGAGUUACUUCAUGGUAGCAUGACUGUUUAAGACACCAGCAAUAGAAUACAACUAUGACAGCAUUCCAUGAGGUGAUAUUUAUAAAUUUUAAAAAGUAAAAAAAAAAAAAAAAACCUACUAAAUUUGUUCUCUUUACAAAAUAGAUAUCUAAUAAAGUGCUUGGUCUUAAAAUACAUCUUUGGCCAGAUGUGCCCUAUCCCUUGUAUCCCCUGAUUAUGGGCUGGUGCUACCUUUUGGGAUAUUUAUUUGAAAUAUUAAUAUUUUGGUACUUAAUUAUCAAUGUUCCAUGGUAUGUAUUUCUAUCUUUGGGAUUAAUGGAGAAAUAAUGGGGGAAGAAGAGUCUACUUACUACCUCUUAACCUAAAGCAACCGUUUUGCUCUUAGAGCAAAUGAAAUCUUUUUUGGAAGUUUUUAGCCAUGUAAUUUUUUUUAGCAUUUUGUAUGUGCUUCUAAGAGUAUUACUGAUUCUAAGCACAGACUCAGGAAAGUGGGCCAGUAGAACAAGGCAUCUCCAAGAAGCUAGUUUUAUUUGGACCUUGGUCUUCUCUUCCCAUACUAGUAGGUUUAUCUCCUUUCCCAAGGAACACACAUCAUGCCUGUUUUUUUUUUUUGGGUCAUGUUUACCUUUUUGGUCAUGUAUAAGCAAUAAAGCUGUUUUCUGUUCUUCA